AGAAAGCAUCAAACACGACUUACAAAAUCCAGCCAGCAGUUUCACUCAAAUCGAAGUUAUGUGGUUGUUUGGAUGUGCGGCUGACGUGAGUGAUAGUGUUUGUGUAAGAAGUGCGGAAUCGAUAGGGAUUUAAUACGAUUCGUUGGAUACAAAAUAAACAUACACUAGAAUCGUUAUUGUUCCUGGAAUUUCGAUUAUGUGAAAGUGUGAAAAAAGUAGUUAAUAUAUCGGUUUCUUAGAAGAAACAAAUAAAGCAACUUCAUACUGGCCUUGGCGAUUGUCCUUGAAGCCAAGUUGCAUUCCUUGGCAUUUUUCCACGUGCAUUACACGCAUAGAAUUAUUUUGAAAAAUUGAAACUGUUGUGACGGAAGAAAAUUUAUUUUCAAGAAGGAUUUAAUUACUACUGUCAAAUUUAAGUUUUAUCGGUUAAAAUGGCUAUGAAGGAUGUUACGCACUUCACGAGAAGUUCAACUUUAAAUUCUUGAGCCCCCCUGCAGUUGGACUAUGGAGGAGAUUUGUGGCUUGCUAUAUUUCCUCCUACCAUCUUGCAGUGAACAUUAUUUGUGUUUAGAAAAUAAAGAAAGUUUAUUAGACAAAACUUAGGACAACCAUAAGUGUUUUGCUUUUAUACAUGAUCUCAGAAUUUUAUGGAAGACAAAAUGUUUUACUGUUUGAUCGUUAAAAGGACGUGAAAUAUUUCAUAGUAUUUAUAGUGUUUUAAAUGUUGUUCAUUAUUGAGGACGAACUGUUCCAUGUUUACAAACGGUGACAUUUGCCGUGUGCGUCUGUAACUGUGGGGAGGUCACCAAUACAUGACCUUUUUUAAGAGGCAUGGUCGUGGAAGUCAUCUUCCGUAAAGCGAAACGUCUUGGCUCUAGUGUGGUUCAGAAAUGUUGCCUCACUCACAGGAUUCGAAGAUGUUGGUUUACGACUUGUGCUCUGGGAUUGGUGGCUUUUAUUUUCUGUGCUUACUUCAUUCCCAAUUACCAUCUCAACAGCAUGAUAAAGGCCCCCAAGGAAUUAACUUUUCGCUGCAAAAAUUCAUUCGACCGAUCAAUUGAUAAUUCAAGGCAAGGCUAUGGAUUUCCUCCGACCAAUGCCCAUGUGUCCAGUGCUAGGCUACGUCUUGAUGCCAAAGUGCUUGUGUUUGUGGAGACUCAAUAUUCCCAUUUGGGAAGACAGAUAGCAGAAAUUUUAGAAGCUUCUAGAAUCAAAUUUAAGUUGGAAAUAGCUGGAAAAAGCUUGCCUCUUCUCACCAAUUUAGAUAAAGGGAAGUUUGCUGUUAUAGUUUUUGAAAAUUUUGAAAAGUAUUUGCACAUGAAUAAAUGGAACAGAGAACUACUUGACAAAUAUUGCCGAGAAUAUAAUGUUGGGAUUAUUGGUUUCAUGAAGGCUCAGGAAGAGACUUAUGUUGGUGCUCAAUUAAAAGGCUUUCCUUUAUACGUUCAUACAAAUAUGGCUCUAAGAGAUUAUCAUCUGAAUGGAGAUUCAACCGUUUUAAGAUUGACACGUGCUGGAGAGGUCUUCUAUGGUAACAUUCCAGGCUCUGAUUGGACAGUCUUCCAACCAAACCACUCCACCUAUGAAGCUCUUGCAUCAGCACGUUCACAAACUUAUCAGUCAUCGUUUGUUUCUCAAGGAAUUGAUCCCUUGCUAACAACAAUAGUGCAUGAUCAUGGUUCUUUCGAUGGUAUAUCUAGAGUUUUAUUUGGGAAUGGUUUUCAACUUUGGAUUCACAGAUUAUUAUUUCUAGAUGCAAUUUCAUUUCUGUCACACGGAAAAUUAAGUCUUCCUCUUCAGAGAUACAUUCUUAUUGAUAUUGAUGACAUUUUUGUGGGUGAAAAAGCUACAAGAAUGAAACCUGCUGAUGUCAUUGCUCUUCUGAAUGCUCAGUCUAGAAUAAAGAGAAUUGUACCAGGUUUUCGAUUCAACCUAGGGUUUUCUGGAAAAUUUUAUCAUAAAGGUACAUCCGAAGAGAACACUGGAGAUGACAUGUUAAUAGAGCACGCAGAUGAAUUUUGGUGGUUCUGUCACAUGUGGAGUCAUAGCCAGCCACAUUUAUUUGAAAAUAUAACAGCUCUUGAGAUGGAAAUGAAGUUGAACAGAGAGUUUGCCAAAAAGCAUGGCAUUCCACAUGAUUCAGGUUAUUCUGUUGCCCCACAUCAUUCAGGAGUUUAUCCUGUUCAUGAGCCAUUGUAUGAAGCAUGGAAGAGAGUUUGGAAUGUUAGAGUUACGAGCACUGAAGAGUAUCCUCAUCUCAGACCAGCUAGGUUGAGAAGAGGCUUUAUCCAUCGAAAUAUAAUGGUACUUCCAAGACAAACAUGUGGUCUUUACACUCAUACAAUAUUUCUGGAUAAAUACCCAGGUGGUCCUGAAAAACUUGAACUCAGUAUUAAAGGAGGAGAACUCUUCCAUCUCUUUGUUUACAAUCCUGUCAAUAUAUUUAUGACCCAUCUUUCAAACUAUGGUAAUGAUCGUCUUGCUCUGUAUACAUUUGAAUCUGUUAUAAAGUUUGUUCAAUGCUGGACUAACCUUCAACUAGUAACCCUACCACCUCUACAAUUAGCUGACAAAUAUUUCCAAACUUAUCCUGAAGAAUCAGAUCCUCUGUGGAUGAACCCUUGCAAUGACAAACGCCAUAAAGCCAUAUGGUCAUCUGCUAAAUCCUGUGAGCAAUUACCAAAGUUUCUUGUUAUUGGCCCUCAAAAAACAGGUACCACUGCAUUAUACACAUUUUUGUCAAUGCAUCCUGCCAUUGUUAGUAAUUAUCCUAGUCCUGAAACAUUUGAAGAAGUACAGUUUUUCAAUGGUAGAAACUACUAUAAGGGUUUGGAUUGGUAUAUGAAUUUUUUUCCUGUUCCUAAAAAUUCUACUGAUAAGUACUUAUUUGAGAAAAGUGCUACUUACUUUGAUGGAGACUUAGUGCCAAUGAGAGCACAUGCUUUAUUACCCUCCGCCAAACUUAUUACCAUAUUGAUUAGUCCCAUCAAACGAGCAUAUUCUUGGUACCAGCAUAUGCGAGGUCACAAGGAUCCCACUGCACUGAAUUACAGUUUCCAAGAGAUAGUCACUACUGGUGAUAGAGGGCAUAAAGCCCUAAGAGAGCUUAGAAGUCGUUGUCUCAUGCCUGGAAUGUAUGCCCAGCAUUUGGACAGGUGGCUGUCAUUUUACUCACCACAACAAUUACUCAUCAUUGAUGGUGAAGAAUUGAAGUCCGAUCCUAUAGCUGUUAUGAACAAGUUGCAACAGUUCCUGAAAAUUAAACCUUUUUUUAAUUACAAAGAUCAUUUAAGGUACGAUCCUAAGAAAGGUUUCUUCUGCCAAGUAAGCCUGGAGCGUAACAAUACUAAGUGCCUGGGACGAAGUAAAGGUAGACUCUAUCCUCCUAUGGACCCCCAGACAGAGAAGUUCCUGAAAGCUUUUUACCUCCCCCACAACAUUGCACUUUCUAAGCUGCUCACAAAACUCAGACAACCCAUUCCUCUAUGGCUUGAAAAAGAUUUAUCCCAUGGAUCCUGAAUCUAUCAUCCCCAUUGGAUUCUUACGAGAUUGCGUGAACAUUGUUGCAUUAUUCCGCGAAUACUUAUGAGAGUGACUGAAUAUUGUUGCAUCAUCCCAUGGAUUCUUAUGAGAUUGGAAAUAUUAUUGCAUUAUCCCAUGGAUCCUUGACAACUAUGAGAUAUUGUUGCAUCCAUGAGCUGUUUCUAAUGAGUAAAAUUUCUCAUUUGUGAUUUUUAUAAUGAGCUGCAUUGUUACUAACUGCAUUUUAAGAUUAACUAAAAAAAAAGUUUUUUUUUUCUUUUUUCCCCUUAUAAGUGUUAUUUAUACUUUAGGGGUUUUUGUACAAAUUGAGUUUUAUGAAACAAUCAUGUUAUGGACAAUCGCCUGAUGAGCAUGAUUGCAAACUUUUAAACUAAAAGAUACUUUAAAUUAGAGAUGACAUAUUGUCUCUGCAUCUUUUUAAACAAUGUUGUACAUUUUCUUAAUUUUAUAUUGCUGAACUGCGGCAGGAUUUUUUAAAAGAGGAAGUGUUAAUGAAUGUUAUUUUGUCGAGCAUUGUAACAAACAUUUGUGCAAUUGUUUUUAUUAUAAUAAGUGUCAAUAUAUUAAGUCUUAAUAUUAAACUUUAAUUUCAUCAAAAAUCGUAUCAUUGUCGAUUGUUACUUAACAAUAGAUAGAUUUGUAACAAUGUAAUUUAUUAGUUGUAAUUUUUUUUAAUAAUAAUUAAAAAGAAUGACUUUUUAUAGUGUAUACUUAUUUUUAUUUGAAAUCUACUAUCAUCAGAAUAGUUUUUUUUAAAUUUAAAUUUUGUUUUCAUUGUGCACAAAUGUAUUUUUUAUUAAUUAAAAUUCAUUUCAUAUUGUUAUGUGUGAUGUUUGUAAAGAAAAUACAGAUACUUAGCUAAACUAUUAUCUUAGUAUGUAAUAUAUGUUUAAAAUAACUUGUGGUUUUGUAUAUAUAAAUAUAUAUAUAAAUGUAUCAGAAUUGUCUAAAAGGAUUUAAAUCAUUCAUCUUUUAAUUUUUUAUUUUUAUUUCCUAAAACAAAAAUAAGCUUUUUUUUAAAAAGAAUUUCAAAAUUCAGUUGUAUCAUUAACUGAAUAGUGCUGUGCAGUUUUAUUGUACAGGUUUAGGAAGUUAUAACAUAUUGCUUUCUGUGAAAGCUGUCUUAACUGUGAUUCCUCAUAUAAUGAGAAGAAAACCAUUGUUUUGGUUUUGGUGUUCAGUCAUAACUUUUAAGCUACAAAAUUUUAUUGCACAAUCAGAAUAAGAAUUAUUUUAUUUUGUAGUUUGCAGUGUUGCACCUUUUAAAUUAAUGCAUCUUUCACUAGCAGUGCUUUAUAAAUAACUAUGGAGAAAAAAAAUUGUGCUGAUGUUGUAAGUUAUCGUUAUUUUAAGACAUCUUUAAUUUUAUUGAGAAAAAUAUAAAAAAAUUUUAAGGACUAAAAAUUUUUUAUCGUUUAAAAUAUUGUUCUAUAGAAUAUCAAAUACAAUUGUGUCUCCCUGAAUUACUUGUAAAAAAUAUUUCUGAGUAACCCUUUCCCUCUUGCUCGUGUCAAAAUGAGCAUUUGUUCCCUAUUUCUCAUUGCCGUGAUAUUUCCAGGCUAGAGCAUUAAAAAAAUGCAUGAAAAAGGUUUAAAUGUAUACAUCGCCUGUGCACGGGAUUUUUUUUUUUAAAUUUCUUAUUUUACACUAUAUGGUUGCACCCAACUAUUUUUAAUGCAACUGGAGUGUGAUGUUGGCCUUAGCAUCUCCUGCUUUAAAAUUUAUUUUACAAAAAAAAUUACUAAUAUUUAUUAAUAUUAUGCAUAAGUUUAAUAAAUUUCUGUUUUAAUGUUUAAGAGACCUAUAUAUUUUUUUAAAAUUUUCUUUGCUAAGUGGAAUAUCAACAUUCUAUAUCAAUAAUCCUAAAUGCUAGCUUUACCUAAAAAUUUACUUUUUAAAAAAAAAAAAUCGAAGCUAAAAAAAAUUCCGAAAAUCAAAAAUGGUUGCAUAUAUUGUAUGUACAUGCACCCUACAGGGUAAAGAAUAACAGUUACUGCAGAAA